GAAAUCAUUUAUUUAUCGAACGAAUAGAGUGUAGACGACAUUAUUAUCGUUUGAUAUGUCGUUCAUCGGUGUUAUAUUAACUCAAUCCAGCAACGAUUACAAUGUGUAAACGAAACUCUUGUAACGCACAGGUGCAAGUAUAAAACGGAAAGUCUCGGCUGUGGCCACUCUCAUUCGGUGUUUCUACGUUGACCGCGUAACAUUUUAAAAAGACAACAAAAAAAAAUCUCGUUUGUGUUCGUUGUAUUUGAAUUAUUAUCACUUUUUUGAUUGUAAAGUGAGGAAUUCCAAUUCACAUUUACAAAGGGAUUGUAUGAUCGGCGCUGUUGCAUUUGUAGAUUCUGUUAAGGACUCAACACUUGUGUCAAAACAAAAAUUGUUUGCGUUAAUGAUAAUAGGACUGGAAGUGUGACGUUUUGAUUAGAUCAAGAUUCGUUUUUGUGGAUACAGUCUGAGUAAAAAUGUUAACAGGAUGGAGGAAGACAGUUUCAAGGUUUUUUAUUGUACCCCAAAGAGUCGUGCUAUCGAUUAUGGGAUUUCUGGCUCUAGUCAAUGCAUACACAAUGCGCAUCACAUUGUCCGUUGCCAUAACAGAAAUGGUAGUAAGAGUUAAUAAUACCGAACACGAAGACAACACAUGUCCCGAUUUUGGUGAUGAAGGAAGUGGUUCAGGUUCAACUCAUUCCGGUACAUACGAAUGGAAUCAAGAGCUCCAAGGUGUAAUUCUUAGCUCAUUUUAUUGGGGAUAUGCAAUUACACAUCUACCGGGUGGUCUAUUAGCUGAGAAAUUUGGUGGCAAAUAUACCCUUGGACUGGGCAUUUUAUCAACAGCAAUCUUCACACUCCUAACUCCAAUUUGUGUUGAAUGGGGCGGCUCAACAUCGCUGAUUGUCCUGCGAGUAUUGAUGGGAUUGGGAGAAGGAACCACAUUUCCCGCAUUAAGUUCACUAUUAGCUGCGUGGAUACCAUUGAAAGAACGGAGUAAGCUCGGCUCGUUAGUUUUCGGCGGAGGACAAGUUGGCACAAUCUUAGGAACUUUGAUAUCAGGAUUGUUGCUGCAAAAUUUCCCUGGAUGGUCCUCAGUGUUUUACUUUUUCGGAGGCUUGGCACUCUUAUGGGUCGUUAUAUUUAUGUUUAUAUGCUACAGCGAUCCGGAAUCUCAUCCCUUCAUUACCGAUAAAGAGAAAGACUUUUUGAAAAAGGAACUAGGCCAAUUGGAACGAGAUAAGACCCUUCCACCGACACCAUGGAAAGCAAUCUUAACAUCGGUUCCGAUGAUGGCUCUUGUGUGCGCUCAGAUUGGACACGAUUGGGGCUUCUAUGUUAUGGUGACAGACUUGCCAAAAUACAUGGCUGAUGUUUUGCGAUUUUCCAUUUCCGAAAAUGGACUGUAUUCGUCACUUCCUUAUCUCCUUAUGUGGAUCGUUUCCAUAUCGACAGGGUUCCUAAGCGACUUUUUGAUCGUUAGAAAUUACCUGAGUAUCACAAAUGCCAGGAAAGUCUUCACUGCUGUUGCCGCAAUCGGACCAGCGAUCUUUAUCAUUGCAGCAUCAUAUGCGGAGUGUAAUCGAAUGGUUGUCGUCGUCAUGUUUAUAUUUUCAAUGGGCUUUAUGGGAACGUUCUAUCCGGGUAUGAAAGUGAAUCCAUUAGAUUUAAGUCCAAAUUAUGCAGGAACACUGAUGGCUAUAACCAAUGGAAUUGGAGCAAUAACCGGAAUCUUAUCACCAUACAUUGUUGGCGUUAUGACUCCUAACUCGUCGUUGACGGAGUGGAGAGCUGUAUUUUGGAUUUCGUUCGCCAUUUUUGUUUCAACAACUGUGGUGUAUGUGCUAUGGGCUUCUGGGGAAGUGCAACCAUGGAACUAUCCACCGGAAACUUCCAUUGAAAAUGGCCGGAAUAAGUCCGACGAACCAAGUGAAGAACAGCCGAAAAGCAUGAUCCAACACCCUUUGCAAUCUAAUAUUAAGCUGAAAGAUUAGACUUAAAAAAUUCCGAUUUAGUUCAAUUGUCGAUCGAAAAAGAAAAACUUUCAUCAAAACCUAAGCUUUUUUUCAUAAUUCAAUUUAUAAAAUUGUCGAACAUUUUAGUUUAACACUAAUAUCACUUGGAUGUUAGGCUCGUUUCACAGCGUAUAUAUGUGGAUGAUCCUGUAAACUCAAAGUAACGUACAUAAAUACUUAGUGAUUAAGUAAAUGCAAGACAUUAUCACCACCGGCUUCAUAAUCACCAUCAUCAUCA